GUUCAUCAACUCUUACAUGGCUUCUUCUAAGUCCUUACCUGCUCAUCCUUCUUCUAUGCAAAUACCUUUUCUUAUCUGUCUUCUUCUCAUCUCCCUCAUCCUCCUUCUCUCUGUCCUCUCAAUCAAACCCCAGAAAUACCCCCCUCCCCAAUUCACCCAUCGCUUACCUCGUCACGAAGAACAAGAAGAAAUCACAGAACCUCCGGCUUGGUUCGAUUUCGUAGCAAAACAUCUUAAGACCGACAGCGUUAAGGUAGGUCUCGUUAACAUCGAUCAAAAACACGACGCUGGCCUAUUACAACAUCUGCCUCCGCCAGUAGAGACAGUUCCUGUCAGUUUUGACCACGUUGAUGAGAACUUGAAAUGGGCAGACUUUUUCCCCGAGUGGAUAGAUGAGGAACAGAAACGGGGCCCGCCGCGGUGCCCGAGAAUGCCGAUGCCAGAGACUCGCCGGGAUCUGAACGUGGUGUUGGCCAGGGUUCCGUGUGGGAGGAAGAAGGAAGGAGUCAGAGACGUGUUUCGGUUACAAGUAAACUUGGUGGUGGCUAAUCUGGCAGUGGAGAGUGGUUGGUUGAAUGAUGAUUCUCAUCAAACGGUGUUUGUUGUGUUCAUUGGGAGAUGUGGGCCCAUGAUUGAGAUUUUCAGGUGCGAUGAUCUUGUAACGCAUGAAGGCGAGUAUUGGGUGUAUAAGCCCCAUCUGUGGAGGCUCAGGCAGCUAACGCUUAUGCCUCCUGGUUCGUGCCAGAUUGCUUCCAAUUCUGCAGAAACAGGUAAAGAGGCGUGGAGGCCUUACAUGUCCCAAUCAGCCCCACUGAAAAGCAAUAAUUCUACGAUACGGGCCCCGAGAGUAGCCUAUGCCACAGUGCUUCACUCCUCGGAAGCUUAUGUUUGUGGCGCCAUAGCUUUAGCCCAAAGCGUCCUUCUCACCCUUAAAAACCACCCCCUUAGGGCCAACGCAGACUUAAUCCUCCUUGCUGAUAAAUCAAUCGGCCCCAAAUCCACAAGAGGCCUCCAAGCCGCUGGCUGGAAGAUCAAACGCAUCGAACGCAUCCUCAGCCCCUUCGCCAGGAAGAAUUCAUAUAACCGAUGGAAUUACAGUAAGCUGCAACUAUGGAAGCUCACGGAGUACGAUAAAGUCAUUUUCAUUGAUUCUGAUCUCUUACUCUUGAAGAACAUCCACGACUUCUCUUUUCACCCUCAACUCUCGGCCGCACCCAAUGAUUUUUCACUGUUCAAUUCUGGGUUGAUGAUAAUCGAACCGUCCGAGUGCAUGUUCGAAGAUCUGAUGCAGAAGAGAUUCAAAGUGGAAUCGUACAACGGAGGCGACCAGGGAUUUCUGAACGAGAUAUUCACGUGGUGGCACAGGCUGCCUUCGAAGCUGAAUCAUUUGAAGUUUCAUGAGCGUCGAGGGAACUUGUAUGAAGAGAAGGAGACAGAACUAGAGGGUGUUUAUGCCAUACAUUAUCUGGGUUUGAAGCCAUGGCUGUGCUAUAGAGAUUAUGAUUGUAAUUGGGAUUUGAAGGAUCACCAGAUAUUUGCGAGUGACUUGGCUCACAGGAAGUGGUGGCAGGUUUAUGGAAAGAUGCCCAAGGACUUGCAAUCUUACUGUGGGCUCACCAAGAAGAUGGACCAGAGAUUGAUGACGUGGAGGGGUAGAGCCAAGAAUGCUAGUUUGGCCGGUGGCCGUUGGAAGAUUAAGAUCAGGGAUCCAAGAAGGAAGCAUUUUGUAGCAUGAGGACGCUGCUACAAUAUUUGAUUAUUUCUGCUUUUGACGUUUCCUAUUCAUUAAUUAAUAUAGUGACGUUAGUUUUUGCCUCAGGCCCAUCGUAUGUACCAAUUCCAUUGGACCAGUUAUUGAUCCUGCUCCGGUCAAAAUUUUCCCCCUUUGCCUAGAGAGAGAGAGAUAUAUAUAUGUAUAUUAUUUAUCACAAGA